CAAAAAGUGUAUGAAUUACCCCCACUCUCCCCUCCAUGGCGAUGAAUUUCUGUCUUAGUAGGGACAUACAAUUUCUGGGAACGAGAAGAGGCAGAGUGAAAGUGAAAAAAAAUUAUCUGAAAAUCUUUCUAAUAAAAUUCAUUAAAGCGUUGUUUUAAAUAACAGUAAAAUUACAGUAAAAUUUACGAUUUUACAAAUAAUAUUCACUUUUGCAAAAAUAUGGAAACUAAAGCAAAUAUGACGUAGCUAUGUUGCCAACAAUUUACUAAAAAGGUACGCAAACAAGCAUGGUCUUAGGUAACAGGGCAAGACGGCAACCUCUAACCCGUGUAAGACUUGUCAGAUUUUAUUGUAUGGGAACGGAAAUGGCGUCUCUCGAUAACGUGAAGAAACGGUGUGUAUUUGUCGAAUUAGUUGACGGUAGGGCAAAUGCCCCAUACGAAAUUAUUCUAGAAGAAAGCUCAACUGAGCAAAGCUUUGAUAACAUACUCUACUCAACUCCCAUUCUUCACCAAAAUAGUUCACGAACAUCUUUUCAAGAUUACACACAUUCAGGCAAUUUGGGGAAUGUUACUACAUCCAAGCUUCUAAAUACUAUUUCUCCAUUUGAUUCUGGAUUGGAUUGUGAUGAUGUGUCUAGUGACAAUUUGGUGAUCUCUUCUACAUCUAAGCAACUUAGUUCUAUUGCGUUGGAUUCUGAACAAGGUUCUGAGCAUGUGCCUAGUGACAUUUAUGCUUGCGCAGCACUUGAGGUUUUACCCUAUCUAAUUCCAGUCAGGAAGAAAAAGGGUGUUAUCCCUUCUCACUUUCUGUAUUAUCCUCAAGAAGAUUCAGUUAGCCUGGAUGCGGUUUUAAAGGAGACGGUCAAUCGUCCCCCGUUCAUCAUUCAAAUUGAAGAUUCCUUCCACGUCAUUGUAGAUAACCAAGUUUUGUAAGCAAGUAUUGAAAUCACUGUUGUUCCUGCAAAGUGAGGUCUUCGGUUUAAAAGAUGAUUGUUCCAGAAAUUGCCCUGGUUUACCUCUUUUUGUAAACACUCUUAAUGCUGUUAAACUGUAAUUGACCUUUUGUUCGUUGUCAUUGUCGUCGUCGUCGUUCAUUAAUGUUUCGUUGAACUGACAACAUUCAAACAAAAUGCAAUUUUGGUUGGCAAAGAGCAGUACAAAGUUUAAUCGUCUUA